UUUCUCAGUUUCUUUUUUUCUUUCCUCCCUUUUUCCCUCGUUCGUUUUCUCCUCCUCCUGCAGAGGGAGUAAGGUGGAAUAUCGGGGCAGGUUUUGUUCACACACAUCGGCGCACAGCUGGUAGAGAAAGAUCAGCGAGCUCUCCUCCGAGAAUAACUUUAGCUUACUCCUGUUAAGGCAUAAGGGCCAGUUAUUAUUUGGGAAGAUAUUGGUGCAUUUUAGAAUAUUUGGGGCCAUAUUUGACAGCGCGUAAGCUAUUACCUUUUACUCGCGUUCUGGUCGUUUAAGGGAGUCAACUGUCUUCAGCGUAACCAGGGCAAAGGAUUAUAACCGUAUCUGUUGGAAGCGAACGAGGAAAAACGUUGAGCCGGCGCCGGGAAGGUAGCUAGAGCGACCCAGGCCUGGAUGUGCUCGGCCUCCCGCUCCCCAGCGGCCCGCAAUGGGGGAGACAAAAAUCAUUUACCACCUCGACGACCAGGAGACUCCGUACCUGGUCAAACUGCCCAUUGCUGCGGAUAGGGUCACUCUCGCGGACUUCAAAAAUGUGCUCAAUAAACCAAACUACAAGUUUUUCUUCAAAUCUAUGGAUGAUGACUUUGGGGUGGUGAAGGAGGAGAUUUCGGAUGACAAUGCCAAACUGCCAUGUUUCAACGGAAGGGUGGUGUCCUGGCUGGUGUCAGCGGAUGGCUCCCACUCAGACGGGGGCUCUGUGUGUGCAGACAGCCAGGUGGACCUGCCCCCCCCCUUGGAGAGGACCGGAGGCAUCGGAGACUCCAGACCCCCUUCCUUCCACGCGAAUGCUGCCGGCAGUCAGGACAACCUGGACACGGAGACGGAGACGGAGUCGGUGGUGUCGCCUCGGAGGGAGAGGGAGAGGGAGAGGGACCGGGAGAGAGAGAGGGACAGGGAGAGAGAGAGGCCGCGCAGGAAGGACCCGCACGAACACGGCGGGAGGAUGAACGGUCACUCGCGGCCGGAGCGGCGGCCGGAGGUGGGCGGGUACGAGAGCGCGUCCACGGCGAUGAGCAGCGAGCUGGAGUCCACCAGCUUCUUCGACUCGGAGGACGACGAGUCCACCAGCCGGUUCAGCAGCUCCACGGAGCAGAGCAGCUCCUCGCGCCUGAGGCGGCGACAUCGCCGUCGCCGACGGAAACCCAAAGCGGCGCGCAUGGACAGGUCCUCCUCGUUCAGCAGCAUAACAGACUCCACCAUGUCACUGAACAUCAUCACUGUCACUUUAAACAUGGAGAAGUAUAACUUCCUGGGCAUCAGCAUCGUGGGCCAGAGUAAUGAGAGGGGCGACGGGGGCAUCUACAUCGGCUCCAUCAUGAAGGGCGGGGCCGUGGCGGCCGAUGGGCGGAUCGAGCCGGGAGACAUGCUGCUGCAGGUGAACGACAUCAACUUUGAGAACAUGACCAACGACGAUGCAGUGCGAGUCUUGAGAGAGAUCGUACACAAGCCAGGUCCCAUCACCCUGACGGUGGCGAAGUGCUGGGACCCCAACCCUCGCGGCUGUUUCACUUUGCCACGGAAGUUGAACUAUAUGCCGUACUGCCCCACUCAAACAGGUGAGCCGAUCCGGCCCAUAGACCCUGCUGCGUGGGUGUCCCACACCGCGGCCAUGACGGGGGCGUACCCGGUGUACGGUAUGAGCCCGUCCAUGAGCACCAUCACCUCCACCAGCUCCUCCAUCACCAGCUCCAUCCCUGAGACCGAGCGGUUCGACGACUUCCACCUGUCCAUCCACAGUGACAUGGCAACCGUUGCCAAAGCGAUGGCUUCCCCAGAGUCAGGUCUGGAGGUGCGAGACCGGAUGUGGCUAAAGAUCACCAUUCCCAACGCCUUCAUAGGCUCGGACGUGGUGGACUGGCUCUUCCACCACCUGGAGGGCUUCACGGACCGGCGCGAGGCGCGGAAGUACGCCAGCAACCUGCUGAAGGCCGGCUUCAUCCGCCACACCGUCAACAAGAUCACCUUCUCCGAGCAGUGCUACUACACCUUCGGGGACCUGUGUGGCAACAUGGCUAACCUCUCGUUGCACGACCAUGAUGGCUCCAGUGGAGCCUCAGACCAGGACACCCUGGCCCCCCUGCCCCACCCAGGCGUGGCCCCCUGGCCCCUGGCUUUCCCCUACCAGUACCCCAUCCCCCACCCCUACAACCCCAGCCCACAGCCCCAGCCUGAGCCCCCCCAUGGCUACACCGCAGGGGGGGGGAGCGCCGGCAGCCAGCACAGCGAAGGGAGCCGCAGCAGUGGCUCGAACCGCAGCGCGGGGGGUAAGAAGGAGGCGAAGGCCGGCCCUGCCGGGGGGGGCGAGUCCAAGUCGGGGGGCAGCGGGAGCGAGUCGGAGCAGCGGCGGGAGAAGACGCCCAGCGAGCGCUCGGUGGCGCCCCCUAGCGAGCGCAGCGUCCACAGCAGCCACGGCCUGACGUACGGCCCGCCCGGCCUGCCCCCCCAGCCCCAGCCCGGCCUGCCCCCGGCCCAGGCCCCCCCCGGCUCCCCCCCGGGCCGCGACCUGGCCGCCGUGCCGCCCGAGCUCACCGCCUCCCGCCAGUCCUUCCGCAUGGCCAUGGGAAACCCCAGCGAGUUCUUCGUGGACGUCAUGUGACCCGGACAGGAAGAUGCGGAGGCAGGUCAGCAGGGGGCGGAAGCUUCCUGGAGCAGGGAGGAGGAAGAGAGGGUUCCGAGAGAAAUGGAAGGAGCGAAGAAUUGGAGGAGGAGGGAGAGGAAGGACAGCACGCACUCCUCCAUCCCUCCUCUGUGGGGCUGCCCGCUGUUACUUUCUUCAGUGAAGAAGACAGGAAUCAAAAGUGGCUCCCCCCCCCAAGGGUGCGAUGGUUGUAACGGCCUUUCUCUUAAUUCUUUCUGAGUCUCCUGUCUGGUGUCCUUGCACCCCCAACACCUCCAUCCCCCCCACCUCCCCUCGGGCAGUGCCGCACGUCCUCCACAUUCACAUUUUUUUGUAAAAACUUGAGAGAAAAAAAAAAGAUGAGAAGAGAUGCAGUGCAGAAGGAAGGAGUGAAGAGGAGGAGGAACAGGAGGAGAGAGAUCCUCUCGGUCUGAUUCUCAAUGGCUGGACAAAGACUCAAACGCUGACUGGGAUGAUUGUUAUUUUGUGCUUCUUUUUUUAUUGUGCUUGUCUGUUAGAGAUAAAUGGAGAGUGAGAGAAAGAGAAAAGAAGCAGGUUUUAGUGCCAAAUGGCCCCCUGUUCACAGAGUGGGAGGCUGUGUGUGUGUGUGUGCGGACUUGCGCGUGUGCAUGCGUGCAUGCGUUUGUGUGCGUGCAUUUGUGCGUGUGUGUGUGUGAGGUGCGUGUCUGUGUGGGUGUGUGUGCGUGCUGGCUGUGUUUGAGAGAGGGGGGGAGAGAAAGAGAGAGAGAGGGAGGGAGGGAGAGAGAGAGCCCUUUGGUGAGUCCGCAGUUCUCAGGAGUCUGACGUCUUUGUCUGUCUCCCUGGGAGACGAAGGUGUGGCUCGUCGUCCGCUGGGCGUGUUUAAGGUGUCCUGCCGCACGGACGCACGCACGUUCCCACGGGCAUCCCGGCUUUCGCUGCUGUUGCCAUGGGAACCCACCCCCGCCCCCACCCCACAGCUCCAGAGUUUUCAGGCUGACCUUUCUGGAAUGUUCUGAAGCACACACUGCGAGCAGCCAGGCAUUCAGGAGCUGUCGGAGCCGACUCAGUCCGAUUCGGCUCGUUUUUCACAUUCGUAAUCCUGCGUGUUUCGCCGUCUGUGAAAUCUGCAUCAGACUGCAGCGGCUGGCUGCUGCGUUUCCGUGUGAGGAACUCUCCACAGGCAGCCUGGCAGCACUAACCCUUUGAAGAGCAGGUUUAUUUGGAAUGUUUUAUUCAGCAUCCUGAGUCAGUGUUCUGGUACUCCGUUGCUUUCAGUCACCAGCAGCGAUUGUGACAUCAGCAUUAGAAUGUUCAGUUAAGGACAUUCCAAUCAUGUAUUUGUGACCUCACACCUUAAAGGGGUUAGUGGUAUUAACAAAGACGGGGAUGCUCCAAUAUCCCAGGUGCAGAAGGCGGUUGUGGAAACGUAAAGUAUAGCACACUUUCUUACUUUUAUAGGUAACGUCCAGCCUACCUGUGAACAGUUCCUGUAAUCUCUUUUCUUGCGUGGUGUAGCUUCUCUCUUUCUCCCACUCUCACUGCUUCAAGAACAUUUCAACAGGUUUUAAAGCUCUCUUUGUUAAUCUGUCAUCGUCAUUAACAUUAACAAUCCUGUAUCUUUUUUUCAGUUUAAUGUCUCAUUGUAAUGUUCAUAUCACGAACGCCCCCCCCGCUACCACCACCCCCCCAUUUAUUUUCUUCUGAACUCAUUUACAUCUCCAGUUCUGAAUUAUUAGCAUCAGAUCAUGUAUAGUGAUAAGCAGUCAAGUUUCAUACAGACUGUGCUGUACGAUGUUUUAUGAAAAAAAGAAUUGUUUUUAUUUAUAAACAUAGUUUUAUUGCAUAAA